AUGGCGAAUCGCGUUGCGCGAAACGUCCGUCCUAGGACUAUGAGACCGGACCGCGAGCCCGCGCGUUCGACCAACCCUAACCGCUUUAACGUGCAUUCAAACGAUAGCAUCAACGGUAUACUGGUAGCCAUUGACUUUGUCGAUGUGCGGUUCGAUACUCGUGCAAUUGGUUCUGUUGCGAAAGUCGGUUUGAUCGAUUUGAACAAGGUCACUCGUGGCCCGAUAAUCAACUUCGACGACCGAUGGGAUCCCCCUUUCGACAACGUUGCUGAUAGCAUCGACCUCAUCGAAUUCUCUUCCGACAAUGGGACUAGCAGUCCGAUGGCUGACGUCGACUCCAUCGAAAUUUGUUCGGAUGAAGACAAACAGGCCGCCGAUCUGGCAAUUGACGCCGACUCCAUCAACGUGAACCCAAAGAACGAUUCUCCUACCCAGGAUAACAACGCAAAGGGCUUUGAAACGAGCACCUCCACGGACUUGAUCGACCUGUGGCCUGAUGAUGGCGGCGCUCAUGCUCGCUACAAGAAAGUUAUCGGGAUGAGACCAACCAUCGAUCUCAUUAACUUGUGGUCCGAUACCAACAUCCUUCCAGUCAACAUGGACCUCGUUAAUUUCACCAUGCACAGCGGAAUCAUGUACCAUGCCGAUUCCGAUAUUGAGUCCAGCAUGAGCAGCAUGGGAAGUAUUGAGGCCUUUGAUCCAAACGUGGAUAAUGGACGCAUUGGCUUGUACCAACUGAGAAUGAACUCCUGGUCCGAACACACUCGUUCAGGAUACCGAUCCAUCAAUUCAGCUGAGUCUUUCCCAGACUUUGAAAUCGGAAGUGCAACUUCCAGUCCCCUGGAUACUGUGUAUACCACCAAGUCGAAUUCGGGACCUGAGGGUCAAAGUGUGGCUUCUUUCCCUUUCGUUGACAUGUCCAGCCCAGAAGCCGAAGUUGAAAGUGCAACGGCCAGUCCCAUGGAUACCGCGUACGCCACCAAGUCAAGCUCGGGACCUGAGGCUUCUGUGCCCCUGCUUGCCAUGUCAACCUCCGAAUCCGAAGAUGGAAGUGUGACAUCUAGUCCCCUGGACACCGUGUACUCUACAAAGUCAAACUCGGGGCCUGGGGCCGGAAGUGCGCCUUCUAUUCAUUCCGUUGGCAUAGCCAACGCAGAAUCCGAGGCUGGAAUCGGGCUCUCUGAUUCCUCGGCUACAGUGGAGGCUGCGGAGUGGGGUGAGGACUUUGACAGUGUGGGUUCUGUGGCCCCUGAUACUGUGUAA